AUGCUGAAGUCGCCCGCGAGCGUGAAUUGCGGCGGCAUCGUGGGGUAUGCGUACGAGGGCGGGGAGCCGUGCGCCGUGUGUGGACAUCGGCUACCAGACAAUGCGGACAACCCCAAGCCGGCGUGCGCGUUCCCAGACGAGAUACUGAACACCUUUCUCUUCCUGGGCUCUUACGACCACACCUCGCGCCCCGAAGUCCUCAACAUCCUCAAAGUCUCCCACAUCAUCAGCCUAGUGCCCAACAUGCAGGACCUGUACCGCAACACGUACAACUACUACCACGUCGACGGCGGGCCCCUCACGAUCGAGGCCGUCGAGAAGCUCGUCGCGCUGAUCGAGAAGCUCCGUCGCAACCACGCGGGCGGCGCGGCCGAGCCCAACGGCGGCGCGGCGCCAGGGCGGCACGGCCGCGCGGUGCUCGUGCACUGCAUGACCGCGCGCUCCAAGUCGCCGGCCAUCGUCGCGGCGUACCUCAUGCGCGCGUUCGGCUGGACCGUCGGCGACGCGGUGGCCUUCAUGGCGCGCAAGCGAACGAGCAGGGAGGUGGCGCUCAUGGACGAACACCGGGCGCUGCUGGAGAGCUGGCAGGCGCACCUGCAGCAGAUACCGGACUUCCAGCCGCUGAUUCCGAACGGGCCGGAGGCGUACGAGCGGCUGCAGGCGGUGGGGCUCGGGUGGAACAACGGCAACACCUAUGACAUGUAA